AACCGGGGAGCCCUCGUGCAGCGGCGCCCUUCUCAGAACCCACUCUGUACCUCAGCGGCUUCUGCAGAGAGGCAUGAGGGGUGGCUCCUGGCCUCGGGAGCGUGAGGCCGGUUCGGGGUCAGCCCGCUAAGGGGUCUACGCGGACUGGCCGGCUCCGCGCUCCUGCCCUUCCUUUCCGGGGCCUAGCGGCGGACGCGGGAAUCCGCAGAGGCCGACAUGUUCCCACGGAGGCCACCGGCCGCCCUGGCCGCCUGGCUAGUGGGCGCGCGGGGCGGGGGCCUGCUGGCCGUGCUGGCCAAUCAGUGCCGCUUCGUGACGGGCCUGCGCGUGCGGCGAGCGCAGCAGAUCGCGCAGCUCUACGGCCGCCUGUAUUCGGAGAGCUCGCGCUGCACCCUGCUCGGACGCUUCUGGCGCCGGCUGCGCGGCCGGCCGGGCCAUGCCUCUGCCUUGAUGGCGGCGCUUUCCAGUGUCUUCGUCUGGGACGAGGAGAGGAUCCAGGAGGAGGAGUUGCAAAGGUCCAUUAAUGAGAUGAAACGGUUGGAGGAAAUGUCGAAUGUAUUUCAGGGUUCUGGAGUUGAGAAUCACCCUCCCGAACCAAAGUCCCCAGCAGAAGGGAAUGAAAAGUUGAAGGACAAAGAAGAGCCAUGGGAAAUGGUGAUGGACAAGAAACACUUCAAACUGUGGCGGCGCCCGAUUACAGGCACCCACCUUUACCAGUACCGCGUUUUUGGGACAUACACAGAUGUGACACCCCGGCAGUUCUUCAAUGUUCAGCUGGAUACAGAAUACAGGAAGAAGUGGGAUGCCCUUGUGAUCAAGCUAGAGGUGAUUGAGAGAGAUGUCAUCAGUGGCUCUGAGGUUCUUCAUUGGGUAACACAUUUUCCUUAUCCAAUGUACUCUCGGGAUUAUGUUUAUGUUCGGCGGUAUAGCGUGGAUCAGGAAAACAAUGUGAUGGUCUUGGUGUCUCGUGCGGUGGAACACCCCAGUGUGCCAGAGUCUCCAGAGUUUGUCAGGGUCAGAUCCUAUGAAUCCCAAAUGGUUAUCCGUCCUCACAAGUCAUUUGAUGAGAAUGGGUUUGACUACUUACUGACAUACAGUGACAAUCCACAGACAGUGUUCCCUCGAUACUGUGUUAGUUGGAUGGUUUCCAGUGGCAUGCCGGAUUUCCUGGAGAAGCUGCACAUGGCCACUCUGAAAGCCAAGAAUAUGGAGAUCAAAGUGAAGGACUACAUCUCGACUAAGCCUCUGGAAAUGAGCAGUGAGGCCAAGGCCACUGCUCCUGCCUCAGAGCGCAAGAAUGAGGGCAGCUGCGGCCCGGCUCGGAUUGAGUAUGCUUAAGGGCCUUGGGGAUGAGGAAAGACAAGCACUUCCAGCCCUGCUGCAGGACAGGGCAGGUCAUACCUGUUAGAAGACAUCUGCGCUAACUGUCAACGCAGGAGAGUUAGAACUGGGGUUAGAUUUUGUUUGGAGCCCUCUUGCUCUUUACUAAACGGAAAGGACCGUGAUGUGGAGGGGUUGUCACGUUCUCAGGACAGUUGUUGUGAAAUCCAGUAUCAUGCUGAGCUAAUCUGGAACACACUUCCCACUUUAGGCCAGAAGGGGAUGGCUCCUAUCUGCCUCCUUUGAGAAGCUUCCUUGCUCACAUUCCAAAUGCCACCACUGGUUGUGCAGCACUCUGGAUAUCCUUCAGUUCUGUAGGUCACUGAGGAAGUGGUUGGCCCUGGGUUCACUAGGGGCCUCUGAAGCGCUCUUGGUAAGUCUGUGGUGGUGUGAACGAUGCUGGCUGAGCCAAGUGCCUUGUCCUCACCUUGCUUUAUCUUUAGAGACAUGAAGUCUGUACCAAGGGAUCCUUCUCCCUGUAAAGUACUAUGGCGUUGACUCAUCUGACUUAGAGCAGUUUUCAUGGUAACUGGCCUAUUGUACUCAUGGGCUGAACUCAGUGGACCAUGGCCUCUGCUGUAGACUUGCUCAGCUGAUUUGCCAGGAGUACCAGAGACAAACCCCUGUAGACAGUAGCUUUCUACUUUAUGUCAUCAGUGUUUUGAUAGGGUCAGUGGAAAUGUGCACAAAACAUCUCACUUAAAAAUAGCUAGAUUUCUGCCGGGUGUGGUGGCGCACACCUUUAAUCCCAGCACUCGGGAGGCAGA